AUGGAUAAAGAAAAAUUAGAAAAAGAAAAUAUGGAAAUAUUAAAAUGGGAACAACAAAAAGAAAAGGAAUAUAUGGAAUUAAAAAGAGAAACCCAAGAAAAAGAACGUAUUGAAAAAUUAGAAAAAGAAAGAAAAGAAAGAGAACAUAUAGAAUCUUUGGAAAGACAAAGAUUAAUAAAAGAAAGACUAGAAAAAGAAAUUAAAGAACGUAGAGAAGCUUUUGAAAAGAAAAGAAUAGAAAAAGAAAGAGAAAAAAAAGAAAAAGAACAAAAAGAAAGAGAAAAAAAAGAAAGAGAGGAAUUAGAACGUACCCAAACAAUAUUAAAAGAAACAUUACAAAGAGCAAUCGAAAGGGUACGUUUAGAAGAUUUAGAAAGAGAAAGAUUAGAAAGAGAAGAAAGAGAAGAAAGAGAAAGAGAACAACAAUUAAGAGAACAACAAGAGAGAGAAGAAAGAGAAAAACAAGAAAGAGAACAACAACAACAAAGAGAACAACAAGAAAGAGAAGAAGCAGAACGUAGAGAAAACCAAGAUCCUUGCACUAUUUGUAUGGACAGAAUUGAACCAAGCCAACUUGCAGCAAUCGAUUGUAACCACAUGUUUUGUUACGAUUGCAUUAUGGAAUGGUCUUAUCGUCGUGAUAACACCUGUCCAAAUUGUAGAGCUCCAUUCUUUUCAGUAAGAAGAGUCAAUGGUUCAAUAAACGAAGCCAAUAUAGAGCAAGGUGAUCAACGUCCACAAAUUUAA